AUGAACUUCGAUAUUGCGUUUGAUGGAAAUGAAUAUACAUAUAGCGGAUAUUCAAAAAAUUCACAUAUAGAAGAUAAAAACUACACUUUAGACUAUGAAAAAUAUGUACAUUUUGCGUUUUUUUCAUGUUUUUAUAUAUCUUAUGUAAAAAAAAAAAAGUGUUCAGACACUGAACUUUUAUCUUGGUAUUUGAAAAAGUUUAAGCAUAUUGUUAUAAAUUCUACAAAAAAGGUUAAGAAAACUUAUUUUAAUUUAAUAAAUAAUCUUAUUCAAGAUAAAUGUGUUAAAGCAACAGUUGAAAAUAAUAAAAGGUAUUUAACUCACAAUGAAAAUUUUAUAUUAUGGGCUUGGAAAAGGAGAGCUUUAAAAUAUGAUAAAGAACAAUUCAAUAAAUUUUAA